AAACUUUCAUCAUGAUAUUAAUACUUCACACUAAUUUUUCCAGCCUAACCUUAUAUAAUGUUAUUAAUACUUCAGCCUCUUCCAAAGGUGUUUGUUUUUUUCUCAGGAAAUAAAAAACCAGCAGACCACAGUACAUGGUCAUACCCAUUAGAGAGGUUUUCCUUCCCUCUAUAUAUGAAGAUGUAGCACCCUCUAUUCAGUCCCAAUCUUUUACAACCUAAGCAGAAUUUUACAGCUUCCUCUCCACAAUCAGAAUCUGCAGUUUGUCAGAAAUGAAGCCUGAACGCGUGUAUCUGGAUCAGCUAACCGAAAAAAGCAAGGGCUACAAGGUUAAGGUCAAGGUCGUAGAGAAAGGACCGGAAAGGAACUCUCCUUCAAAGGGAAUCCUAUUCCAAGGACUUGUGAUGGAAGAUGACAAGGGAAAUCGAAUGCGUGCUGCACUUUUUGGAAAUCAAAUUGAUGUCUACAAGGAAGCUAUUGAACACUUAGGGAGUUAUGAGAUAGCUAAUGCUACGAUUAAAGCCAGCGAUGAAUAUUGGAAAGCCAAAGACGCGAAAUACGGUCUGCUUGGAUACCAGAUGAGCUUUGGCUCACAGGCGGUAAUCCAACGAAUGAAUGCUGAGUCAGGGCCAGUAUUACCGGAAUACCAAUGCCUAGCCACCAUCCCAAGAGUGUAUGAUCCAACUGACAGAUUUGAUAUUGUUGCUGUUGUUCUAUACCUCGAAGAAGAAGCACGGAAAGUCACUGGAUUUGAACAACGCGAAUACUUAGUUCGUGAAAUUGUGGUGACAGACCAUAGCAAUGAGCAGCCAAUCACAAUUACUGUUUGGAACGAGCUGACUGGAGAACAUUGCAAACCGCUCUCCUCAUGGGCAGAACAGUUCACUAUUUUUGGAUUCACGGCUUUGAGAGGCAGCUUUCAUAAAGGAUUUUCCCUUGGUUCCACCAUGUCUACUAGAAUCAUUACUGAUCCAAAAGGAGAAAGAGCAGACGCAUUGAGGGAAUGGGUCAAAAAUCGCACCGACUGGCUGAGUGACAGGCAAGCAAGGGUAUUGGAUGUCAGGAACCCUACGAAAGAGAAGGUGAUCAUCACACUGGACUCCCUGAAGCUGAAAAGGCCUUACAACACCUUGCAAGAGCAACGCCAUUGGCUCAGGGUUACAAUACCCAACCCUCAAAUGAGCACGAUCAAUGCAUACCUGGGGUGCUCUGCUUGUGGACGGCGUGGAGACAUUCCAGCAGGGACAUCCUACACUUGCACCAGAUGUAAGGCAGAUACCGUGUCUACUCCAAAGAUUACCUACAAUUUCGUGGCAUCUGAUGGGACUGGCACAAUGGAAUGCACCUCGUUCACUGAAGAUUCUGAAAAGUUGUUCAGGAUGACGGCUGCAGACACGUUCAGGAUGAAGCACAGCAAUGAUGCAGCGACCUUUGAACAGCUCCAGGAAAUGCUCAAGUCCAACCACUUUCUGCUGGAAAUCGGUCCAACAAUGGGCCUUUCAAAGAACGGCGUGCUUGAAUGGUGCUUGAAAUCGAUUGAUUUGGAAUCUGGGGAGGCCCAAGCAGAAAAUGUUGAGCAUCACUUUGCUGAUCAGCAGGCUGAACAGGGUCCGAGUGCCAGCCAGGUGCUUGCACAAGCAACAAUUGCUAGGCAGCAGCUUGAACAACCAACACUUCGUAGGAAGAACCCUGAGCAAGCAAUGGUUACUGGGAAGCAGCCAGAGCAAGGAGCCAUUCCUCAAAAGAAACUGAAGCAGCAGCUUGAACAACCAACACUUCGUAGGAAGAACCCUGAGCAAGCAAUGGUUACUGGGAAGCAGCCAGAGCAAGGAGCCAUUCCUCAAAAGAAACUGAAGCAGGAAUUCAUAGCUGAGCUCCAUGCUGCACAGGGGAGUAUUGCAAGACAAUCAGACGAAGAGGAGGAUGACUCCUCUGGUAAGUAAUUCAAGUGCAUCAUUAGUUGUCCCUUUUGCUUAGGAUGAAGAAGCCAGAUCCUCUGGUAUGUAAUUCAAGUCAAUCAGU